GUUACAUUGUCGGCUUAGCCAGUGUGAAUCCAGAAUUAAGGUCCUCAACAUUUAGUCGUGUCCAUCUUUCUCGCCAUCUUGGUCGUGCCCUUGUUUUUUUCCGGAAUAAUUUCAUGGGAAAUAAGGGGUCGAGAUGACGAGGAGGGGACCCACGACCCAGCAUCAGCAAGACCAAGAGGAAUCAAUAAAACUAACAGCCGACUUCGUUCUCUAACAAAAGCGGCAGGCAGUCUGGACCACUGGGUGCAUUUGCACGUGCCUCCACUAGGAAAGCUAAUCGCGGUCGCGACGCGUUCUCAGAACAGGAGCGUUGAAGAACGGCGCAAAUGCCUCUUACCUGCUUUAGAAGUACGAAAGGAACAAGUGCACUCACAUCACUCAAGAAAUUGGCCAGUAGUACUUUAGUAGCUACUUUUCGUUGAGUGUCGCUCGUGAGUGCACUUGUUAUUUUUCCUUUCAUACGAAGCGGAGGUGGGGAGAGCAGUUGCUGAUGUGGAUGGGCUGAUGGAGAUGAUGAGAGAUGCAAAGUUUAAGGCUAGGCUUUCACUAUCCGAUGUGGACUAGUAUCCUGAGUGGAGUGUCGUCCUGUGAAUAUUUAUCAAACGUGGAUUAGUAGAAUAGUCUCUCUCAACAAGACGCCAUACAUUCUUAAAGGAGAAAGAAAACGAGGGAGAAAGAAAACGAGGAAGGUCCCCCAAGAACCAGGCAUAGUGAAAAAACUAGCGUUAACAAGUCGAUCUUCAAGAGAACAGGCUCCGGCACGAUACUGCGGCAAUCG